AUGAAUCUACAAUGUUGUGAUGCGUGUUUAUGUAUUCAAAGUGAUAUGUUUAUCUUCUUGAGGUAGGUAUGAAUUUCUUCUUUCGUGGUACAGUUAAUGACCUCUUGUUUGUUGUGUGCGUGCAUUAGAAUUGUUUAGGUCAGCAUUUUUCAUCCCUUUAAGAUGUAGGAGGUCCGAAGAUCUUGUCAGUUUGUACGCAAAUAUCAUGGAGCAACAACCAUCAUUAAACGAUAGUGAGUGUCUACGUUUAUAGUAUUGUGUUAAUUAGUUAUUUAAAUAAUUAUGUGAUUAGUGUUGAUUUAUAUUCCUUUUGUCUGUAUCCUUUUAGUGUCCGCUGAGAGGAAAUGUGGAUCCAAUUUAAUAAAUUAUUUUUUAACGCUGCAAGGCCUUGCGGCUUCAAUCCAUUAUUCUUUGGAGGAGCUGGAGUUCCUUGAAGAAAUGACCCGGCGAGGUCGUCCCCGUAAAGGGAUCGUGAAGGAUCCAAUCAAUAAUAAAAUAAGGGUGAAGCAAAUUCGUGGUUUGAAGCGAGAAGUGAAGGAGAGUUCUGGUCAAAUGACCUCUAUGUUCAACUCCUUAUUUCGUCCUGGUCGUCCCGUUGGAUGUUUUUGUGGGGACUGUCAAACUCCACUCCCAAAAAGGGCGAGAUUUUCUUCAGAAGAUGUUCAAUUAGAGCGGUCUGAUUUGGUGAUGAGCGAGAAACCAAGGGUUUGGCCUAGGGCCAUGGUCUGGUUGGCAGAAGGUCAUGAUCAGAUCGGUUUACCACAGCUUGGUUCACCAUGUGGAACACAGCCGGGUCCUUCUUUUUCUCCACAACCUGGCCCUUCUUGGAGAUCUGACCCUUUACCCCCACAGGAGCCUAGUCCUACCCCCUUUUGGCGACCAUUUGCCGAUCCUUCUGUAGGGCAGAGUGCUAUUGAUGGGCCAGAGUCUGAAUCAAUAGAAGAAGAUCCGCUGAAAAUACCUUUGUGCGUAUGUGAAAUAGAAGCUGGAGGUAUUGGCAGUGUUGUUAAAGGUUUGCAUGCAUCCAGCAGGCGGCCAUCGCUGUGCAACAUGCGCACUUGGAGAAUAGCUUCACUCUCCGGUCGAUGUAUGUGA